GGAAGACCGAAGGAAAUGAGACAACCUUUUCCUUCCACUGGGUCGCGCUCCUCCAGCGUCUGCGGGGCUCACCACGGCUGCUCGGGAGCGCCGAGGCCGGGACCCCGCGGCCAGUGCCCCGCGCCUGCCCCGGCGUGUCUCCACUGGGAUUUCUUUCCGAGGCGCCAGCGCGGCCCAAGCCCUGGCCACAGCUUUGUUGCGUCCUCUCCUUAGUGCUCGGCUCCCGGUCCCCGGGCUCGGGCUCCCGCACCCUGAGCCAGGACCCCGGAAGUGCGCGUCGGUGGCUCUGGCGAAGCCCUGGCUGAUGAGCUAUGUGAAUGGCUGCUCCCACGUCUGGGCUUUUGAACAUUACCUUUAGAGCAGCCAGAAGUCUGUAUGAAUUGUGCUCAAUCAGUGAUUGUUGCAGCACUCUAAAAUUCAGUGCUAGAGGCAAUGCAGAGUGCUGCAGUGUCCAGAGGAGGAACACCUAAACUCAGCUUGGACAGCACGUGGGCCCAAGAGCAUCUAGGAGGCUGAGCUGGAGGCACAUAGGCUGAUGAGAAAGGCGGAGGGACUGGAGAGAAAUACAGCAUGGCCAGGGGUGGAUGAUCUCUUCCUUCAUGGAUAGAUGACUGUCGAGACUGGACAGUGAAGUUUGUGAAGUGUCUGCUGCAGUAAUUGAUCCAUAAUUGGCAUGUGAAAAUAGUGUCGUUUGUUCAUUGAACAGACUGAAUUACUCUGUGGCUGGCUCCAGGAUAUGUGACGGUGGUAUGGUAUGAAUGCAGCAGUCCUAGCUCCUGUCUUCUUGGAGCUCACUGUUACUAGGGGACAGACAUUAAAGGAAUAAAUGCACAAAGAAAUAUAUGGUUACAAACUAUGGUAAGUGCUGUGUCAGAAAAGAACAGGGUGCUCCAGGAGGGAAGGAGAGGAGACAGUUUAGCUUGGGGGUGUCUGGUGAAGAAGACAGGUAUGCACACCCGUAUCUACUGUGUAUGACAUACCAUUUAUUGGUGGGAUACUGUUUCCAAGGAAGGAGUCCCUGACCCUUGAAAAGGGCUGAGGGGGCAAUUCUAGAAGGCUUCAUAAAGGAAGGGAUAUUUAAGAAGAAUCUUGAAGAAUAGGUAGAAGGUUUUUUUUUUCUCUAAUGUGUAAAGGGAGUAGUGUUGUUCUAGGUGAAGAGAACCUGGUGUGUUUAUAGGACCCUCAUUCAGCAAGGAGUUUAGGCUGUAAGUAGGGGAGUAGUGAGAGAUGAGCCAGGAAAGAUUGGUAAGAGCCAAACUAACACAGCUGAGACUUUACCUUUUUAUUUAUUUAUUUAUUAUUUAUUUAUUUAUUGGCUGCAUUGGGUCUUCAUUGCUGCACGCAGGCUUUCUCUAGUUGCAACGAGUGGGGGCUACUCUUGGUUGCAGUGUGCAAGCUUCUCAUUGCAGUGGCUUCUCUUGUUGCAGAGCAUGGGCUCUAGGCGCGUGGGUUUCAGUAGUUGUGGCACAAGGGCUCAGUCGUUUUGGCACAUGGGCUUAGUUGCUCCGUGGCACGUGGGAUCUUCCUGGACCAGGGCUCGAACCCACGUCCCUUGCACUGGCAGGCGGAUUCUUAACCACUGUGCCACCAGGGAAGUCCCAGCUUAGACUUUAUCUUCGAAGCAAGUCACUGGAGGGAGUGAUGAGUUACCGAGGGGAGUGUUCUAGAACAAGUUACCAAGGCUGCAGCAAACUUUUUCUGUAAAGGCCCAGAUAGUAAAUAUUUUAAGCUUUGCAGGCCAUCCAGUUUCUGCUGUAGCUACUCAGCUUUGCCAGUAUAGUGCGAAAGCAGUUAUAGAUGAUAUGUAAACAAAUGAGCAUGGCUCUGUUGCAAUAAAAUUUUAUUGACACAAACAGGCAGUGGGCUUGACUUAUCUGUGAAUUUACCAAUCCCUGUUCUAGAAUGAUAACUCUAGGGGCUCACUGGAGAUUGGACUGGAGCAUGGGGAAAGAAUGGAGGCAGGGAGGCCACUUAUGAGCCACUGCUUUAAUUCAGGGGAACUAAGAAGGAGGGACCGUGAAGAGAAAUGGCAUGUGACAUGCUCCAAGCUAAAAAUGACAGGAUGACAUAACCAAUUUGAUGGGAACAUGUCUGGUUGUUUCUUUAAUGCUCAGUGGACUGAUUCUUCCAGUGAAGAAAAAAAAAUUGUAGACAUUCUGUACUUGUGACUCAGAAUCAUGUGCAUAUCCUGGGAGGCUGCCUGUUGGUCACAAGACACUAUGCUGGGUGCAUUAUAUAGAUUAUUAAUGUCCAAGAUCAACUAAAUUAUAUCGUGGAUACAGCAGCAGUGAGACCUGUUGGACAGUGUUGGAUCGUGUGGUACACGGAAUGGCAGAGAGGCCUCCAUGACUGAAGUGAAUCCAUUGCAUGGCCCAUACCUUGGGCCACGGAGAAUGGACACACAAGGUGGGGCUCUUGCAGCAGCAGUGAAAUGGAGAUAGGAAGAUGCCACAAAUCCUUUGUGAGGCAGAGGCAGCUGGGAUAAACAAGAAAAGUGGGAUGCUGCAGGAGCUGGCAGGAGGAGUGACGACAAAUGAAUGAAGCUUGAGAAGCCAACUGAGACCAAUCAAGUUUCAGAACCUCUACUAUCUGACACCAGCAUCUCCAAGGAUGAACUGUUAUAACCAGAUACUCCCCUACUCUUGAUGGUACACCUCUCCCCAGAAGAGAAGAAAGGGAGGGUGGCCACCUUGAUCCAGCUGAAGCAUCUCCAGGAGGCCUUCUCUGGAUGUCACAUUGAGGCUGCCCUUCUGCCACAACACAGAGCUGGUGAUCCCCAAGCGUGUGGACAUGGCUUCGCUCAGCAACAUCCUAGCGGCCUAUUCCUUUGUCUCAGAAAAUCCUGAGCGAGCAGCUCUGUACUUUGUCUCUGGUGUGUGCAUCGGGCUGGUUUUUACCCUAGCUGCCUUGGUGGUGAGGAUCUCUUGCCACACAGACUGUCGGCAGCAUCCUCAGAAGAAGUUCCUGCAGGACCAAGAAAGCAGCAGCAACAGCAGCGACAGUGAGAAUGGCAGCUCGGACGCGGCAUCAGACAUCUCAGUCAGGAGACAUCGCCGCUUUGAGAGGACUUUGAACAAGAACAUCUUCACCUCAGCGGAGGAGCUGGAGCGCGCCCAGCGGCUAGAGGAGCGGGAACGCAUCAUCAGGGAGAUUUGGAUGAAUGGUCAGCCUGAGGUUCCUUGCACCAGGAGCCUGAACCGCUACUACUAGAGGCAGGAGCUGGAACCCACACGCAGCUGUUGGCCGCCUGGGAGAGGAAGGGUCUGGGCACAAAGUGUUGAAUGCAGUUCCGCUAAUGUUAUGGUGGCAGAGAUAAGGACACUCCCAUUUUCUAGCCAGGAGGACUGAUUUCUCCCUUUUUACUAAAUUUAUGAAGUAGAAAAACCAAGCUGGUUCGUCAACCUUUUCAGUUCUUGGGAUGCUGCUGAAAACCCUCUCCAAAAAUGUGGAUGGAGAUUAGAGAAAUGGAACUCGUGUUUUCUCUGAUUACUGAGGAUCUUGGAAGUUUCUGCAGACUUCAUUGCUAUGUGUUAUUUCUUUACAAAAGGAAAUAUUAUUAUAGCAUGAGGGCUAGGAAGAGCAGAGUUCACUUAACCCAGUAAAUGCAAAUAUCUGAAUGACUCCAGGCUAUGGAGGUGAUUUUGAUCCAGACAGCAUGAUCCAUGCUUAUUAUUUAAGGCCCAGUCUCUAAAUCUUGUGUUGCAAUGGCAACCUCAGGGAUUAAAAUCCUGUUUUUUAUUAUAGUUCCCACUUCACUCAUGAAAAUGAAUAAUGUGUCAGAAGAUGUGUCAAUGAACUAGAAAAAUGUCAAUAAUCUCAAAGGAUGACGGGUUUUAUUUUAAAUAGCUUAUAAAGAGUAUACUAACAUGCAAUUAAUGUUGUGUGCAUUUGAAAAUGCAGCACAAGAAUAAAAGCUGUGUUUUUCCCCCUUUUGAGAGAAGAAAAUUUUAUUGUAACUCUAGAUAAUCAUGCCUUUAAACAUUUUCUUUAAAAAAAAGUUUGGAUUUCUAAUAAAAGAAUGGAAAUGUGAGGUGAGGAAUAAAGCCAAAAUUAGGUUGGGAUAAAAAAAUAAAUGUUACAUAAAAUCUU